GACAACAGGUGUGUGUUUACGUUUUCACACAGAUCAAUCAUUUAUGCAGAGUUACCGGUGCGGAAAAUAAUCACACCAAUCGAAAAUUUGCUCACAAAGAGGUCGACCUACCACAAAGCUUCUCUUAUUAAUCGAGGUGGUGAGCGACCAACCACGAAGCUUGUUUCAUUGUGUUGGAUUGUGUACAUUGACUGCAGUUGGGAACCAAGAUGGCGGCUGGAAUUUACGGAAAGUGUGAGAAUGUUUUGACAAAAACGUAAUCCUCUGCCGUUAUUAAUAAGUGUGCGGCCACUGUCAAGAUGACCAGGAUAACUGACAGUCCAUGGCCCCGCAACAUGGAUAUGAGGUAGCCACAGCCAGACUUGCAGUAUGUAAACGCAAUCAACCGGCAAUCAGUUGAGAUCUUAGAUCGUAGAGUUAUCCCUAACACCGAGCAACUUACAAGACCGUGAAACGAGAGUUUUAAGAGAAGAUGGGCAUCAUCAUCUGCACCACCCUCGUCAGCCAUUCAGCAAUGACUUUGGUCCCACCGACCACUUUCGCAUCGUAAACAAGGCCAGCGUGCGUAAGCGAUUCCGAUUGGUUAGUCUGCCCCCUUCUCAAGAUGGCCGCCGACGGCAAACACAAACCCAAGGUGUGGAAUAAGCUGCGAGACGCCGUCAAUCGCAACGGCCUGAUGAGGCGUAUCAGCAUCCGCAAGAGCAGUCGCGUCAGGAGGUACGGGGAAGAAGACGAAGAGAACGCAGACAACGUCAACGACUACCUGCGUAGCCAUCCUCCAGUUCAGACGAUCCUCUUGGCCCAAGUCUACAGUCUCUUCAUUGACGGGGAGCAGCAACGUUGGGAGAAGAUCGUCGAUGAGGUAGUUCGCAUCAGUGUCACCCUAGAGCAGGAGUCUCCAAAAUACAUCUAUCACAUCACGACAGUUGAUGCUGAUCUCCAAGGCGUCUUGGAUGCUUACAUUUGUGUUCCAGGGGCCCAGUUGGUGAGGUGCACCUCCAGCUUCGUCCAGUGGAAGGACUCAGAGCAGGGCGGUGCCUGGGGGCUCAACUUCAUCUCGGACGAGGCAGCCGACAAGUUCAUCUCCCUCUGCUCGCCGAGUGAUAAUCCGCAGCUGAAGCGCUCCAAUUCCUCUGUUUGUUUGGAGACGUCAGAUCUCCCCGAACCCAGCGAGUACCGGAACGACGCGGACUGCAAGACCCCGACUGGGCCCAGCCCGGUGGCCUCCUGUGACAUCGAGGACGUGGUGAUUGAUGGGCUGGCCUAUGCGGGGGAGCCUGGCUCAGCGGAGAUGACGACUGAGGGGAGGGCAGAGAAGACCGACUGGCAGAAGCAGAUCAGCAUCCCCAUCUCGGGCGGCGUCCGGCGCAUGCUAGCAUCCCGCGACAACGGCCGUGACGUCAAGUAUGCCACCUACUCCAGCAGCCGCCGGUCCCAUUUUGCCAACUCGCUCUACGACAAUGUCAGUGAUGAGGAGGACCCUGAUGAAGACUACCAGUGCAAUAAGAAUGCCAGCAAGUGGUCCUAUGCCGACAAUCAUGUCACCAACUCAAACCGAAAAGCCGUCCCAGGGGAUAUCCCCACUCAGAGCGAGGACUCAAUUACACCCACCCCAAUAAAAAAGGUUAUGUCAAGGGAUGCUGAGACCACCUCCUCGGGGAAAAAUUCCAGAGAGAGCACCCCUCGUCACAGGCCCAAAAUCAUCAUCAAUCACACCACUCUCAAGAAGGACGGCAGUGCCGUCAGCCAGGAUUUACCGUCUCCCCCAGAGAAAAUAACCUCCUGCCCCUCGGACCAAACCUUGGAGGCAAGCGAGGGUGGGCUCCGCCCCCGCUCGAACACUGCCACCAGUCGUACCAGCUCCAAUGGCAGCAGCCGCGGGAGCACCAAGCGCCGAGGCUCCCGCAAGUCCAAGAUCAAGAGCCUGAUCGUGGGCUCGUCGACUGACCCGCUCAGUGACGUGGAGAAUACCCAAGAGCACCUGGCUCAGACCCACUCCCUCCUGCAGGCCUACGAACUGCACAUGCAGAACAUGAACGACAAGGACGACUGUGACAAUGUGAACUCAGACAGCGGGUUUUCACCCCGACCACCCUCCACACGGAGGUCCUCAUCCUUCAAACGGAAAGAUCCGAGGACGGUCACUUGCGGUAGUGAAGGCAGCAGCAGUGGUAUCAUGGGAGAACUCGGAACUCUCACAUCCAGUGAGGGACAUUACUCGCAGGGUACUGAUGAGGAUUUUCUGGACCUUGAGAACAUGAAGAAUUUUGCUUUGAAAGAUGAUGACGUUGAGGAGGAUGAUUCAGACAGUCACUCCUUCAGUUCCCUUCACUCUCAGGCCUCCACCUACACCCAGCGGGGAGCCAUCCGCAAGGCCGGCUGGCUGCAGUGCAAGAGCCUGUUGGUCCAGAAGAAGAAGAGGGUGGAGAGGGCAACCAAUAGGAAGUGGAAAGAGUACUGGGUUUGUCUGAAAGGCACCAUGCUUCUGUUCUAUCAUUGUGAAGAUAAAACCACUCCAGAUGAAAACAUCGAGCCAAGACAUAUACUUGUUGUGGAGGGCGGAAUUGCUCAGGCUAUCCCCGAACAUCCAAAGAGAGAUAACAUCUUCUGCCUCAGCACGGCAUUCGGAGAUGCUUACCUCCUGCAGUCACAAAGUCAAAUUGAGCUGGAAAAUUGGAUAACAGGCAUCCAUUCAGCGUGUGCAUCAGCCUUGGCCAGACAGCAUGGCAAGGAUGAUACAAUCCGACUCUUGAAAUCCGAAACACAGAAACUCGAAGCCAAAGUUGAAUCUGAGACCAAGAUGAAGAAGAUGGCAGAACUUCAGUUGACUGUCGUCACCCAGACGAAGAACAGACAAGCCAUUGUCAGUCAGAUUGCCCAGUGGGACCAGAACCUGGAACGCUUCCACCUGGAGCUCUACCGCCUGCGCUGUUACAUGGCCUCCCUGCAGGGCUCGGAGCUGCCCAACCCCAAGACACUCCUGGCCUGCGUCUCCAAGCCCACCAAGCACACCCUGGCCAAGCUAGACUUCUUCUCCGUCUCGUCCUUCCACGCCCUGGUGAGCGCCCGCAACCCCAUGGGCCUAAAGGGUCGGUUCUCCAAGCCUAGAUCCAAGAAGCAGAAGGGACUGUUUGGUACCCUGAAAAGAGCUUCCAGAGGGGCAACCGCCUUAGCAGCUGAUGCUGCAAGGGUAGCAGAAAGUCACAAUAACACGGCAGCCCCACCGGCCCAGUUUGAAGAAUCAGACCAAAAAUCACCUGACGAUGACGAAGCCAAGGCCAACGACCUUCCUAUCACUCAGUUGUUUGAGAGGCAAAUGGAGGAGGACCGCAGCAAAGCAAAGUGUCUGUCGGAGGAGCUGGUAGAGGGCGCCCUGGUCAAGGUGCAGCUGCCGGACAGCCAGAGCACCAUGGUAACGCUACGGCCGGGCAUGACGGUGCAAGACCUGCUCAUCAGCAGCUGUGUCAAUCGACAAAUGGAUUAUCACAACUACUAUGUCAAGUUCAACCAAGCUAUGCGAUUUGGAGCCGAGGUUAAGAUUCCUGACAAAAAUGCCAUCCUCGAGAAGGAGAAAUUCGAUGAAAUUGAAAUCUGCAGAAAAUGCAUCCAUCAAGUGGAGCUGUACAAGUUCAACGAGAACAUGGAUUUCGGUUUCAAGGUGGAGGCGGAGCUAGGAGAUGAUGCAGAGAGGGAAGAUCAACUCUGCGUCUUCAUCAGCGAGAUUGAAAAGGGGGGCCUUGCCUACCACCAAGAUUUGCACGUUGGCGACGAGCUCCUCUGCAUCCAGGGACGGGUGGUCUGCGACCUGGACAUGCUCUACAUCGAGAACCUGCUCCAGACCAGCUCCUCGGUCACGCUGACUGUCCGGUCCAGCAGGACAGUCUUUGCCCAGACCCAGGCCAUGCUGGACACCAACAGGUACAUCGACCAGUUGACCUGCCCACCCCCACCCAGCCAGAACCGGCUGACCGACGACAUGAUCGAUUUGCUGAUCAUACCCGGGCCAAACACCUAUGAAGAGAGCGAGGGGUCGGACGUCAGCCUCCUGUCUUCCACCCCAUCCCAGGGUCCCAGCCCGCUCAGGUACAUGUAUGACCCCGUGGAGGAAGAACGACAGCGGCAGGAGCGAGCUCGGCAGGAGGAGGACCGCAGGGCGAAAGACAGCGAGCAGCACCCCAAGCAGAUUGAGCAGCUCCUGAAGGGCGUGGAGCAGAUCACUGACUUCUGCCGGACCAUGGAACGGCCCCGGACGGAGGAGGAGGCGGCGGCGGGAAAGGGUGGAGCCGAGGAGAGAGACGGGGAAGGCGCACAAAUGGACGAUGCGGCCAUUCUGCAACAGUCGGCGCAGAAACUACGAAAGGUCAUUCUUGAGCUUCAGGACACUGAGAGAGCAUAUGUCAAGGACCUCAACCUUCUGGUGACGAGAUACUUGGAGCCCCUGCAGAGCGAGUCCUUUCUCACUGCAGAUGAGAUCGAUGCUCUGUUUGGGAACAUCAAAGAGAUCAUCAAAUUUCAGACUGUCUUCCUCAAAAGUCUGGAGGACUCAACUGACGUUCCUGAGUAUGAUGCGUUUACUGACCCAGCCCAAUUUAAGCGCGUCCUGUUCUCCAUGGGCGGAGCCUUCCUCUAUUACAUGGACCACUUCAAGCUCUACAGCGCUUUCUGUGCCUGCCACUCUCGCUCCCAGAAGAUCCUGGACCCGGCCCGCGGCAACAAGGCACUGAUGGAGUUCCUUGAAGCCAGGAACCCCAAGAACCAGCAUUCUUCCUCCUUGGCCUCCUAUCUCAUCAAACCCAUACAGCGCGUCUUGAAGUACCCUCUCCUCCUUCAUGAGAUGAGGAGUCAACUGGAUGGGAACAGCGAGGAGCACUACCACCUGUCGCAGGCCCACAAGGGGAUGAGCCAGGUGGCUGGCCAUAUCAACGACAUGAUGCGCGUCCACGAGGAGUACGGCGACAUCUUUGACGGACUUGUAUCCGAGCAAUACCACGUCAAGAAGGAGUCGUUGUUAACGCAGCUGGUCACACGACUUCACGAUGCACACAAGGUUGCUGAUUUAGCAAUGGAUGACCUUGUCAUGUACAACACCGCCCUCUGGCUGAACAGCCAGGAUGACCUGGGAAAGGUCAAGCGAGGCAAGGAGCCAGAGGUCGUUAUAUUUGUUUUCCGGCCAGCUGUGGUGAUCAUCUGCAAGGAGAGGACCAAGAAGCAGCGCAAGGCGUCCGUGAAGGGCAACAGCCAACUGACUGAGGACAUCAUCCGCUUCAAGUGGAUGAUCCCGGUGUCCAGCAUGCAGGUCAAGGAUGCCAGUGUCAGCGAUUCUGACUACUUAAGCCUGUGGGAAUUAGCACACACCAAGAGUGAGGGAAAGUCCGAGAAGUUCUUCCAGUUUUCCUGCAGCACAUCGGAGUUGAAGUCUCUCUUUGUCAAGACCAUUAAGCAGAUAAUCCGUGACCACAAAUACAACAAAAACACCACCACCAGUGGGAAGUUCACCCUGGGCCGUCCUAAGACCUACACCCCCUACAGUGGCAAGCGUUUGGAGGGGCUAUCACAGCCCAGACGGACCCUGCGCAAGUCUCUCCAGCGCGGCGAGUCCAGCCAGGCCGAGGGCUCGCAAUGCAGCGAGGAACGGUCCAGUGGAAGUGGCUCAAUGAAGGGGGACCGGUCAGAAGGGGACCAGUUUGACUCACUGGAGACGGACUCCAACAGCACGGGGCAGGGUAGCAUGGGGAUCAAGAGGCGCACCAGCCUGGACUCAGGGAUGCACUCCAAUGACUCCAGCUCCCUCACGGGCAGCAACCGCGACAGCGACCCGCUCAACACCAACGUCAACAACAAUGUCCAGCGGAUGACCCAGGAGGACGACUCGGUCUUUGGCUCGCCAAGCUGCCCCCUGACCCCCAUGAGCGAGGGAGGGGAUUGGGCAGCAGUGAGCAAGCCCUCCCCGGUUCCCCUCUCCCAGAAGGAGAUACAGGAACGCCUUGCCAUGAUGGAUCUGUCGGUCACCGAUGACAGUAUGCCAAGAAGCUCCGAAUCCGACAUCGCAAGUGCCAAUCGGACUCUGAGCAUGAGCGGGGGUGCCGUACCUGUGUCCAACCGAAGCCGGCGGCAGAGGCUGAGCCAAAGGAGCUCACUGUACGACAACAUGAAGUGCGACUCAGUCGAAGAGGAAGAGGAAGAAAUCAAAGACACAACAGACGCAAACUCCAAUGUCGUUCCUGGAAUUCCGGGCUCUUAUGCCAAUGAGCAAAGCAUGACAUUGUAGAUGUAAGAAGUCACAGCCAACAGACGUCCUUCCAUCGCUGUAAGGUGCUUCUCGGCAAGAUUUCCAGUGUCGCAAGGAUUUGUUUGGACAACCAAAUAGUUUGUGCCGGUCUCACAAAGACAAGUCUGGUGUCAGUUUGAUGUGAUUCUUUGUCUGAAAUCGCUGAAGAUGUGAAAUUAAUUUCUUUCACCUCGGAAGCAGAUUUGUCAUUCUUGAGACAAAAGGGUUGCUGCAGGAUGCUUCUUUUUACGUUAACCUCCAGAGUUGACCUCACCUUUUGAAAUCAAGUGGAGACCACAUUGGCAAUCCUGUAUAGUUUAUCUCUUGUACAUUUUGCAACAGGUGUAAAUUAUAAAGAUAGGAAAACUCUCGCUUUUAUCAUCUCAAGAUAAAGGAAUGGAUUCUUAUUGCUUUAAAUACACAAGGUCAGUAUUUCUCAAACAUGUGUAAAGAUUGUACGUUUGAGUUUUUUGGGGGAAAGGUUGGCAGCGUUCAAUUUUACUGUGCUAAAGAAAGAACAAUGACAGUAAAGCGGCAACAAAUAUAAAUAGUGUAUGUACGGAAAACUGCAGCAUUUACAUUGCAUUGCAAAGGGGAAAAACUAAUUUGAAACUGGACUGUGCCUUGUGUAAACUGCUGGGAUUUUUUUGCAGACGGGGAAAAAAAUGGAAAGUUUAUAAAGAAUAUCAGUAUUUUGUGACUUUAAGUAAUCAUCCUGUACGAAUGUAUAGGGAUUGCAAUAAAUGCAAUGUAAAGGAAAUUUUUAUAUCACAUUAAUUGCCUUACAACUAUACUCGGGAAAUUGAAAGUUUUUUCUCAGUUGAACAACGACAUUUUUUAAAGAUAAGCUGCAGCAUACAGUCACUUUGAUUUGAAAUUACACAGAGAGCUGAUAAUAUGGUAUCACUUGUAAAGGUUUUUGUAUUUAGUGAGAAUGUCAGAUACAGUGAUCAAAUUUUUGAUCAAAGUGUCAUUCAGUAUCAACAGAAAAACUGAUUUGAUACAUCCAGAACACGAUUUCUGGUCUUUAAUUACUGAAACAUACUGUGGACAAACUCGUCACAGACAGGAAGCAUCACUGUACAGAUAAUUUACGAUAAAAAAAAUCAUGUUUCUGCUCCUUUUUUCCGGAAGUAAUACUACUCUUGAUUUUUUUGUGCUAUUCCUAUAGGUCCACAGGGUACCUUCACACAGAGGUGUGGGGGAUGUUAUUAGGGACUUUACCAAGCGUCUUGCUGCUACUUGAUUUGUGCAUCUGAUUUGCUGUAACAUUUUAUACUCAUAGCUAUAAGAAUUGUCCGUGUGAUUACAAAUCUCUUACCAUUUCGUCAAAGAAAAAGGACCCACAUUUUUCACACAUAAAAUGUCAUAUGAAAAAAAGUCAAGAGAAUUUCUUCAGACACUUGACACAUAUCUUUGCCAGGUAUUUUUUGACACAUUUUUGAUCCACCCCUUUUGGAAACUCCAGUUUCACUGGAAUUUGGGAUAAAAUUGGUGUUGCAUUGGUUGUGCAAUAAACAUCGAAGAAAUUUCCAGACCCUCUAUAGCUUAUAUGCAGUAACGUGUUACUUCUUUUGUUAACAAAAAGUACGUCAGUAGGAAAUAACGUUGGUGUUUGAUGUGCAUUUCUGUUUGUUGUUGUUUUUUUUUUUUUCUUUUUUUUUACAUGAGCUUUUAUAUUGAAACUGUGCUAAUAGAACCCUACUCUUUCAUACUUGUUUGCUUUUUUCCUUUCAAUGUACCUUUUUUUUUUACAAUAUUGUGUCAUGUAAAUUAUGAUGUAAUUAUAUAUCUUCUGUUGUUUUAUUUAUGAAUCAUUAUUUUGAAUAUGUAUUAAUUUCUUUAGUUCAGAACUCUUCCCUUCCGACACUGCAUUGUUCUGUAGAAAUGUCUCCCCGUCUUCAUUUUACUUCAAACAUUUUUUAAAUGGCUACCCUUGAAGAGUGUUUUGAAGUCAAACGAGAAAAUUGCAAGCUUUUCUCAAAGCGUUGUGGCGGUCAUAAUAUGAGAAAAAUAAGAAGAAAAAGCACCCUAGGACUUCCAGGAUCAACCAAAGUUGCCUUAGAAAACAAGAUGCUGACGUUGAGAUAUAUGCAGCUUUUUAUCACUGCUAUUUUGCCAUGAAUUUAAGCGCAGUUGAACCAUGUUUUUAAUUGAAGGAAAGCAAUAUAAUCUCGAUUACCUUUUCCUUAAAAGUAUAGCAUGGGCUCUUCUCAAAGGACUCAAGAAAAGUAAAAAUAAACCCCAAUCUUUUUUUCUGAAAAUAGCUUAAUUUGAUCAUGUGCAGGCAAAGAAAAGAAACUGUAAUGUGAGUUAAAUAAACAUUGGUGUGGAAACAGAUUUUAAAGAAAUUUUUAAAAAUCCAUUAUUGAAAGCUUAAAUUUCCUUAUCUCAAGAGUGUAACUUUUUAUUCGAACAAACUUUCACCUAAAUGUGUCAUACCUUGGAAAUGUCCGGGACAAAUAUUCUACAGAAAUUCCCGUUCUUGUGAAUGCACAAUGACCUCAAAUAUUGAGGGGGAAAUAAAGCGGCCAAGAACGGUUACCACUCUACAGUCACCGAGUCCAAUGAAUGGAUACCUACCGCAAUAAACAAAGGCAUGCAGAGGGUGGAUCUUUCGGCCCAAAAGUUGUCCCUAAUUUAAACCAUUCCCUUAUUUCAUGAAACUGCAAUGAUUUUAUCCACUAUGUAAUUUUAUAAUUGAUAAUAUAAAUAUGGCCAAAAUAUUGUCUUUCAGGCAGAUGUAAAAUACGCAGUGCCUCCAACCUUUGUGUUGCAAUUAGUAAAUUUGAAAAACAGUUGUAAAA